AUGCUUGUUGCUGAAGCAAAAGCCAUCGCUGUUUCGGUAAAUUACAGGUUGGCCCCUGAGCACCCCCUCCCUACUGCAUAUGAAGACUCUUGGGCUGCACUCAAUUGGGUGUUUGGUGGUGGAGAAGAUGGUGAUUUGUGGGUUCAGGAGCAUGUUGAUUUUGGGCGGGUGUUCUUGGUUGGAGACAGUGCAGGGGCUAAUAUUGCACACCAUUUGGCCUUACGGAUCAAGGCAUCCGACCCGGAUCCGAAGGUGAAGAUUGCCGGGAUUGGUUUGGUCCAUCCUUAUUUUUGGGGGAAGGAGCCAAUUGGUGGAGAGGUGACAGAUUUGGUGAGGAAGUCAAUGGUGGACAAGUGGUGGCAGUUCGUUUGCCCGUCAGAGAAAGCGGGGGAUGACCCGCUGAUUAACCCGUUUGGGGAUGGAGCUCCGAGUGUUGAGGGGUUGGCUUGUGGGAAAGUGCUUGUUCUUGUUGCGGGAAAAGACAUAUUGAGGGACAGAGGGAGGCUUUAUUAUGAUGAACUGGUGAAGAGCAGUUGGAGAGGGAGGAAGGAGUUGACUGAAACAGAAGGCGAGGACCAUGUGUUUCACAUCUUUAAUCCCAAUUGUGAAAAAGCUAAGAGCUUGAUUAGGCAUAUGGCUUCUUUCAUAAACCAAGAUUAG